GGGUGUGGCCAACAGGUAAGCCAUGUUUAAACCUGUUCACCUUGUCUGCUGCAACACCUUGAAGCAGUCUACACUCCACACACACUCUCCACUGAAUCACAAACUUAACUGGAUCAUAUUAUAUUCAUAUUUUGUAGCAGUACAUAUCAUCAGGCAUCAUGUCUAUCGUGGUGUAUUUCAGCAGCGUCAGCGGAUCCAGAGAGCUAAAGCAACAGCAGAGCCAGAUCUUCUCCUUCCUGGACUCUAAGAAGAUCAAGUACCAGGCAGUGGACAUCACCCAGGGGUCAGAGAUCAAAGAGGAGAUGAGGAAGAAGACGGGAAACCCCGCCGCUCUGCCACCACAGGUCUUCAACAAGGAUGUCUACUGCGGGGACUUCUCUGUGUUUUAUGAGGCGGUGGAGACUGGAAAAGCAGAGGCCUUCUUUAAGCUGUAACAGACAGAGGAAGAUCACCUGCCAGAAGACUCUCCCCUCCACUUCAGAAAGUAUUCACACCCCAUUACUUAUUCCCCAUUGUGUUGUGUUACAGCCUGAAUUCAAAUGGAUUGAAAAUGUUUGCAAAUUUAUUGAAAAUGAAAUACAGAAAUAUCUCAUUUACAUAGGUAUUCACACCCCUGAGUCAAUACAUGUUAGAAUCACCUUAGGCAGUGAGUACAGCUCUGAGUCUCCCUGGAUGUCUCUAAGAGCUUUGAGUCUCCUGGAUGUCUCUAAGAGCUUUGAGUCUCCCUGGAUGUCUCUAAGAGCUUUGAGUCUCCCUGGAUGUCUCUAAGAGCUUUGAGUCUCCCUGGAUGUCUCUAAGAGCUUUGAGUCUCCCUGGAUGUCUCUAAGAGCUUUGAGUCUCCCUGGAUGUCUCUUAAGAACUUUGCUCACCUGGAUUAUACAACAUCUGCACACUAUUCUGUUUUAAAUUCUUCAUGCUAGUCAAGUUUUCUAGACAGCCAUUUCCAAGUCUUGCCAUAGAUUUUCAAGCUAAUUUAAGUCAAAACUGUAACUAGGCCACUCAGGAAUAUUCAGUGUAGUCUUGGUAAGCAACUACAGUGUAGAUUUGGCCUUGUGUUUUAGGUUAUUGUCCUGCUGAAAAGGUGAAUUCAUCUCCCAGUGUCGGUUGGAAAGUAUACUGAACCAGGUUUUCCUCUUGGAUUUUGCCUGUGCUUAGCUCUGCUUAGUUUCUUUGAUCCUAAAAAACUCUCUAGUCCUUGCUGAUGACAAGCAUACCCAUAACAUGAUGCAGCCACCACCAUGCUUGAAAAUAUGAAGAGUGGUACUCAGUGAUGUGUUGUGUUGAAUUUGCUCCAAACAUAACACUUUGUAUUCAGGACAUAAAGUGAAUGUCUUUGCCAAAUGUUUUGCAGUUUUACUUUAGUGCCUUGUUGCAAACAGGAAGCGUGUUUUGGAAUAUUUGUAUUCUGUACAGGCUUCCUUCUUUCACUCUGUCAUUUAGGUUAGUAUUGUGGAGUAACUACAAUGUUGUUGAUCCAUCCUCAGUUUUCUCCUAUAACAGCCAUUAAACUCUGUAACUGUUUUAAAGUCACCAUUGGCCUCAUGGUGAAAUCCCUGAGUGGUUUCCUUCCUCUCCGGCAACUGUGUUAGGAAGGACACCUUUAUCUUUGUAGUGACUGGGUGUAUUGAUACACCAUCCAAAGUGUAAUUAAUAACUUCACCAUGCUCGAGGAAUAUUCAAUGUCUGCAUUUUUAAACACUAUCAUUGCACACAGAGCGAGUACAUGCAACUUCUGAGACUUGUUAAGCAAAUAUUUACUCCGGAAUUUAUUUAGGCUCGCCAUAACAAUGGGAUUGAAUACGUGACUCAUUUCAGCUUUUCAUUUUUAUUGAUUUGUAUAAACAUGUUAAAAAAAUAAACAUAAUUCUACUUUAAAAUGGGCCAUUGUGUGUAAGCCAGGGACACAUCUCACAAGUUAAGGGGUGUGAAGGCUUUCUGAAUGUAAAACCAUUGUCUUGUUAAGGGGUGUGAAGGCUUUCUGAAUGUAAAACCAUUGUCUUGUUAAGGGGUGUGAAGGCUUUCUGAAUGUAAAACCAUUGUCUUGUUUAGCAAAAUACAAGUUUUCAUAUAUUUGUUA